UUCAUUAUAAGAUUAACCGGAAGUAAAGGGAGGUAUUUGUACCGUCUACCUGGGCUGUUUUUACGAUAUUAUCGUUUUAACUGGGUCACUUUGGCCUGUUUUGAUACAAACCUAAUCUAGGCCUAAUAAGCAUUGCUUCCAUUUCCGUCAUAGACUGAAGAACUCGCUUAACUAAUUGGAACGGUGUAACUGUAUAAACGAAAGCCCUCCACAUGGUCCUGUCAAAACUGCAGUGGCUGAACAAGUGGAGACUAAGAGAUAAAAUAUGAGAAACAGAAGUAAUUCUGGAGUGCGUCUUGAUUACUAUCAGCGCCUGGUUUACAAAACUAUUCUUAAACAUCAGGACCCUGUAACUGGACUGUUUGGUGGUACUGUGACACACAACCAUGCUUGGGUGAGGGAUAAUGUCUACUCUAUCAUGGCAGUGUGGGGUCUGGCCCAGGCCUACAAGAAGAAUGCUGACCUGGAUGAGGAUAGAGCAAAGACAUAUGAAUUGGAACAGGCUGUUGUGAAGUUGAUGAGAGGCCUUUUACGGUGUAUGAUGAUGCAAGUGGACAAGUUGGAGAAGUUCAAAUACACGCAGAGCCCUAAAGAUGCACUACAUGCAAAGUACAGCAGUAAGACUGGCAAGCCUGUAGUUGGAGAUGAUGAAUGGGGUCACCUACAAAUAGAUGCCACAUCUCUAUACAUCCUCACUCUAGCUCAAAUGACUGCCUCAGGUCUUCAGAUUGUCUAUACUUUGGAUGAGGUUGCCUACAUCCAGAAUUUAGUUUUCUACAUAGAAUCUGCCUACAGAACUCCUGAUUAUGGUAUUUGGGAAAGGGGUGAUAAAACCAACCAUGGCCUCCCAGAGCUCAACUCUAGUUCAAUUGGUAUGGCAAAGGCAGCCUUGGAGGCCAUCAAUGAGUUGGAUUUAUUUGGAGCUCGGGGUGGUCCCACUUCCAUCAUCCAUGUUUUACCUGAUGAAGCUCAGCAGUGUCAGGCUAUUUUACAUUCAAUGCUGCCUAAAGAAUCCAAUUCAAAGGAAAUAGACGCUGCCUUGAUUACAGUGAUUAGUUACCCGGCCUUUGCUGUGGAUGAUGUACGAUUGAUCAAUCAGACCAGACAACAAAUACAACAACAACUGGAGGGAAAGUAUGGAUUUUGUCGGUUUUUGAGAGAUGGAUACAAAACAGCCAAAGAGGAUCCUUCUCGACUUUACUAUGAGCCCUGGGAGCUACAGAUGUUUGAGAAGAUUGAAUGCCAGUGGCCUAUGUUCUUUGCCUACUUUUUAUUGGAUGCUCUGUUUAAUGGUAAUGAAGAACAGAUAAUAAAAUACAAGGACUUAAUGGAUAGUGUCCUAAAGAAGAGAGCCGACGGUGUUCUCAUGAUGCCAGAGUUGUACACAGUACCAGCUGAUAAGGUGGAUGAGGAAUACAGGAAUCCUAACAGCCAGACUCGCAUAGCCAUUGGGAAAUUACCUCAGAUGUGGGGGGAAUCUAUGUUGAUUCUCAGUCGACUCAUAUUGGAGAACUUUUUAUCUCCGGGAGAGUUGGAUCCUCUGAAUCGACGCCUUGUUUCCGAGCCUAAGCCAGAUAUUGUCGUACAAGUGGUGAUUCUGGCAGAGAAUUUGAAAAUUCAGGAACACCUAUUGGAACAUGGAAUUGAUGUACAGACAUCUGCAGAGGUCUGCCCCAUACAAGUGUACCCAGCCAGGAUCCUGACACAGAUCUAUGCCCUCCUAGGUAAAAAUAAACGUCUUGGUUUGACGGGAAGACCCUCCAAUGAGAUUGGGCUACUGGCAACUAGUAAAUUGUACAUGUUACAGGACCAGAUACUCGCCUUCAUCCCACAGUUUGUAGACCAGCAUCAAUUCUAUCUACCUCUAGAUACAGAAUUUCUUGUCGACAUAUUCCAAAAUGACGUGGAAUAUCUGUCUCGGAACUGGAGUAUGCUGGGACGUCCAGUGUUUCUCUUCCCAAUCCUAGGAACCAUGUUAGGUGGGACUAAACUCCCUGACCUUGACCUUUCUAAGUGUAGCUGGUCUGCUGUUUUUAUGGAUCAGCAACAGUUUUACCUUACUCUUGACACCACUUUUACGGUCGAUCAUUUCCGAAAUGAGAUUACAUACCUGAAAAAUUCCUGGAAAGGACUUGGUCGUCCGACGGUAACCCUCCUUAUCAGUAAUAGCUUCUUAGAUAUGGGUCAGAAUCUGCCUGCAGCACUCGUGGCCACCAUAAAAAAAUUACAGAGUGGCUACAUAGCUGGUACACGUGUCCACAUGGGGAAGCUGAGCGACUUUCUGUCCACUUCCUGUGUGACCAAGCUAAGCUUUGUGUCUGACGAUCCACUACAAGAUGAAUAUGUAGCCAGCAUCACUGAGGGUCUGUACUAUGGUACCUGCCCCAGACCAAAGCUUCUGUCCUUUAGUAAGAAGGGGAAGAAAGGGAGACGAUUUUCCACCAAGUCGUCAGUGGCUGGUAUUGUGAGGCGAACGAGAUCCAUACAGAUAGACCCAGAACAUAUACCAGCUCUACAUGCUUCCCUGAAGAGGCUGGACAGAAGUGGCCAGUCAGAUGGCAGCUCAUGCAGCAAUCCCAGUAGUCCUGGUUCCCCCGCUGAGGAUUCUCAUGAUGAACAACAUCCUAAAAUACACCUGAAAGGAGGCCAUUUUGGGGAGGAUCCAAUCAGUCCUGUUGGAUCUCCAAAGGUGACACACAAGGCCAUAUUUCACCGUGACUCCUACCAGGAUAACAUUAGUAUCACAGAGCUGAUAGAACAGCUAAAUAACACAGAACUUCUCCAAGAGCAAGCCGACAUUGUACACUUCCUGUACACAGAAAAAAAAGAUGAACCAAUGGAUCUGUCCUGUACUUUGUAUUAUGAUGAACCAAUGGAUCUGUCCUGUACUUUGUAUUAUGAUGAACCAAUGGAUCUGUCCUGUACUUUGUAUUAUGAUGAACUAAUGGAACUGUCCUGUACUUUGUAUUAUGAUGAACUAAUGGAACUGUCCUGUACUUUGUAUUAUGAUGAACCAAUGGAUCUGUCCUGUACUUUGUAUUAUGAUGAACCAAUGGAUCUGUCCUGUACUUUGACUUAUGAUGAACUAAUGGAUCUGUCCUGUACUUUGUAUUAUGAUGAACCAAUGGAUCUGUCCUGUACUUUGUAUUAUGAUGAACCAAUGGAUCUGUCCUGUCCUUUGUAUUAUGAUGAACCAAUGGAUCUGUCCUGUACUUUGUAUUACGAUGAACUAAUGGAUCUGUCCUGUACUUUGUAUUACGAUGAACUAAUGGAUCUGUCCUGUACUUUGUAUUAUGAUGAACCAAUAGAUCUGUCCAGUACUUUGUAUUAUGAUGAACCAAUAGAUCUGUCCUGUACUUUGUAUUAUGAUGAACUAAUGGAUCUGUCCUGUACUUUGUAUUAUGAUGAACUAAUGGAUCUGUCCUGUACUUUGUAUUAUGAUGAACCUAUGGAUCUGUCCUGUACUUUGUAUUAUGAUGAACCAAUGGAUCUGUCCUGUACUUUGUAUUAUGAUGAACCAAUGGAUCUGUCCUGUACUUUGUAUUAUGAUGAACCAAUGGAUCUGUCCUGUACUUUGUAUUAUGAUGAACUAAUGGAUCUGUCCUGUACUUUGUAUUAUGAUGAACUAAUGGAUCUGUCCUGUACUUUGUAUUAUGAUGAACCAAUGGAUCUGUCCUGUACUUUGUAUUAUGAUGAACUAAUGGAUCUGUCCUGUACUUUGUAUUAUGAUGAACUAAUGGAUCUGUCCUGUACUUUGUAUUACGAUGAACCAAUGGAUCUGUCCUGUACUUUGUAUUAUGAUGAACUAAUGGAUCUGUCCUGUACUUUGUAUUAUGAUGAACUAAUGGAUCUGUCCUGUACUUUGUAUUAUGAUGAACCAAUGGAUCUGUCCUGUACUUUGUAUUAUGAUGAACUAAUGGAUCUGUCCUGUACUUUGUAUUAUGAUGAACCUAAUGGAUCUGUCCUGUACUUUGCUGGACACUGGAAGCAAUGGUGGCUGGUCAGACACACUGCAGGAAUGUUGAAGAAGCGAGUAGAAGAUCUGGCUUUGGCUGCCACUGAUUUGCUGGUGAGACAGAAACUAUUAUCUAUUGGCCUACCACCACACAGGGAGAAGGAGAUCUCCUGCCCCUUGCCUCCAGAUGAACUAGCUUCUAUCAUAUUUGAUGCAUGUGGAGCAGACCUAAGCACAGCAUCCUUAACACAGGAAAUCCUCAUCUACCUGGCCAUGUUUAUCAGGACCGAGCCAAAGCUGUUCCACGAGAUGUUGAGACUGAGGGUUGGUCUGAUCAUCCAAGUGAUGGCCUCAGAACUGUCACGGACAUUUAAAUGUUCAGGUGAUGAAGCAUCUGACCACCUACUUAACUUAUCUCCCUUUGAACUGAAAACCCUUCUACAUCACAUUCUGAGUGGAAAGGAAUUUGUUAUUAGCUCAGAAAACAAGAUUAAAGAAUUAAGUGACUGCGGUACCGGCGAAGAGUUCCAUUUGUCUGUGAAAACAAAGAAGAAAAGAGAGGAAACUACAGAGUUUGCUAAACUUAGCAGUAAAUCCCCACACAAGUGGUUACAGCUGCUGAAUCAACAUUUUGGUUUGUACUGUUGUGUUGAAGAUGAGCGGUAUGCCAUGAAAAUGCGACAGGAGGCCAAGAGUUCUGCUGGUUUACCAGGAGGGGCUCUGAGUCUGGAUGUACCAAGUCACAUCACGAGGAGAAAGAGUAGCAUUGGUAACCUGGAGGCUCUUUCUCCGUACAUCCUCAUGGAUCGACGGAAGAGUUCAGAAUGUAGCGAGCUUCAGUUGCCAUUGAUGUGGGAUAGGAGGAUGUCCUGUGCUGUAAUUUCAUCAACACCUACAGUGUCACUGAACCAGACAUUUGAUAGCCCUGAGGAAGAAGACAUCACGAUGGACAGACAGGGUCAGUGGCUCCGUAGACGAAGACUAGACGGAUCGCUGAACCGUGUCCCUGUAGGAUUCUAUCCCCGAGUCUGGCACUUCCUCAACACGUUUGGUCCUGGUGUCUCAAUAGAGGGAGAGCACCUACCACAGAAUCUCACAAGGGAGAUGACAUCGGGAGAGUUGAAGUUCGCAUUGCGAGUCGAGAUGGUACUGAAUCGAAUUCCCCAGCCAGAAUAUCGCCAGCUGAUGGUGGAGGCUUUGAUGGUGGUCACACUGAUCAGUGAGAAUGAGUGGAAACCAGAGUACCGUGGUGUGAUCCAUAUUGAUAGAAUGGUUCACGAGGCCAACACCCUGUACAUACAGGAUCAGAAGAUGCCGGCCGCCGUAGCCCUAGAGAGUGAAGGGGCAGCAGGGAUAUGCCACCAUUUUUAUGACAGUGCUCCUAGUGGACGCUAUGGAACCAUGUCCUACCUGUGUAGAUCUCUGGCUAAAAUCUUCGGCGUCCCAGCUGGUUCUACAGAUGAUAUUGAGUGUGCUAUUAGUUGAUACAUAACAUACACUUGUGACAUGCUAGCAUAUCAUUCCUCAUUUCCCUACUUCAUCGAUUCCACUUGCCUAAAAAUACACUUUGUGGUGACUUUGUCUACAAUUGAUUUGUAGACCUGUGGUAUCUGUUCUGGUCUGUAGACCUGUGAUAUCUGUACUGGUCUGUAGACCUGUGAUAUCUGUACUGGUCUGUAGACCUGUGGUAUCUGUACUGGUCUGUAGACCUGUGAUAUCUGUAGUGGUCUGUAGACCUGUGAUAUCGGUACUGGUCUGUAGACCUGUGAUAUCUGUACUGGUCUGUAGACCUGUAGUAUAUGUACUGGUCUGUAGACCUGUGAUAUCUGUACUGGUCUGUAGACCUGUGAUAUCGGUACUGGUCUGUAGACAUGUGAUAUCUGUUCUGGUCUGUAGACCUGUGAUAUCUGUACUGGUCUGUAGACCUGUGAUAUCUGUACUGGUCUGUAGACCUGUGAUAUCUGUACUGGUCUGUAGACCUGUGAUAUCUGUACUGGUCUGUAGACCUGUGAUAUCUGUACUGGUCUGUAGACCUGUGAUAUCUGUACUGGUCUGUAGACCUGUGAUAUCUGUACUGGUCUGUAGACCUGUGAUAUCUGUACUGGUCUGUAGACCUGUGGUAUAUGUACUGGUCUGUAGACCUGUGAUAUCUGUACUGGUCUGUAGACCUGUGGUAUCUGUACUGGUCUGUAGACCUGUGGUAUCUGUACUGGUCUGUAGACCUGUGAUAUCUGUACUGGUCUGUAGACCUGUGAUAUCUGUACUGGUCUGUAGACCUGUGGUAUAUGUACUGGUCUGUAGACCUGUGAUAUCUGUACUGGUCUGUAGACCUGUGGUAUAUGUACUGGUCUGUAGACCUGUGAUAUCAUUACUGGUCUGUAGACCUGUGAUAUGUCCUAGCUUAACAUUAAAAGUUUGAAAACAAUAUAACAUCUUUUUUCUCAAAAGUGUUUUCCAAAUUAAUCAAAACAAGCUCAUCUUCCUGCGGUUAUUUUGAUACAAAUCAAUCGUAUUAUUGAAUAUCUGGACCUAUAUACUUGUGUGAUAAUGCCGAAUUACACUGAAGAGUCAGAUACUAUUUCGUGCUAUUCUAGUGGGCAUAUCAAUUAUUGGUGAUGAAACUUGAGAUGAUGAUAUUUGUAGCAUCUUAUAUAAGACAUGAUUGAUUAUAUAUUAAAGAUAAUUUCUGUACUUAAUCUCCUCAAAUAGAUAAGGAAAGUUUUUCAAACUUUGUUAGAAUUGAGGGCAUGGAAGUCUUUUGCAUUUCUAAUGAAUCUCAGCAUUAAAAAGCUAUAUAUUGGCACUUAUAAACUUAACUAUUAAUCUGUACUGUGGUAUUUUCAUGUACUGAAUUUUAUUGUUUAUAUGUUUUGAGAAACUGUUUAUACACAAUUUGUGAAGUAACAAUUUGAUUGAUCACACAGCUGCAUACAUUGUAUCCUACAUGUAGCUAAAAAAUAAAAUCCAAUUGGAUAUUUGUGUGGUAAUAGAAGUACAUAUCAAUCCUAUAGUUAACAGUGUCAUACCAGGUAAGAUAUUCUAGUCGAUGUCCAAUGUUCUCAGGGAAGUCAAUGAUAAUUCAAAAGAGGAUAUUGUGACAUCUGGACCUGAAAAUAUAAAUUAUUUAAUUAAGAAUACAUAUAACCUACAUUUGAGAUCUCCAUUUAGGGUAAUAUGAAGAUGUACAUAGUCAAUGAACAAAUUACUAGAGUCAAACCUGUAUUAAGUGGCCACCCAAGGGACCAACAGAUAUUGGCUGCUUAAGACAGGUGGCUGCUUAAACCAGGUUGGCCAGAAACGGCCUGUUGCCCAAUUCUUUUUUCAACAGUUUAUUAAAUUGAUCAUAUUAUAAUGCACUUAUUGACAUUGAUAACACUAUACCAUGUACAGUGUAUUUUGAAAUGAAAACCAACAAAGAUCAAAGUUUUGAUGAAUUUGAUAAAAAUACCUGGUCAUGUGAUCAUUGGGGAUGUCUACUUCUGGACAAAAUGGCUGCUUAAUACAGGACGAUACAAUGGCUCGGGGCAGAUUUUUGUGGUCGUUGGCCGCGUUAGACAGGUGACCGCUUAUUUAAGGUUCAUUAUAUAAUGUUUUCCAUCGGGCGGACCACAGACUGGCUGCUUAACGGAGGUGGCCGCUUAUUCAAGGUGGCUGUUAGAGCAGGUUUGACUGUAUACUAGUUUGUUAAAAUAAGAUAUGCCAUUGAUUUAGACAUUAGAACGAUUCUAUAUAUUCAGAAUGUGUUGGCUUCUCUUGGUUAAAGUAUGCAGCAAACAGAUCAAUUUAAAAAAAGCAUACAGUCAUGCAUUUAGCGAAUUUGUGAUCGUGAAUUAAAAAGAAAAAAUAGUAUCAACGAAACUGAGUUUUUUUGUAAACAUGUUGCCAGAAGUUGUUCCUAAGAAGACAGUUGUAAUGAAAUGGUAACAAUCACAAAACUACUCGCUUAUGAAUGCAGGGCCGUACAGUGCUGUACAGUGCUGUACAGUGCCACCUAUUUACAGUGUUAAUUCAUGUGUAGUUCAUGGUACAGAGUACGUUUAUAGCAGGUGUUACAGGUGUGUAUUACAGGUGUGUAUUACAGGUGUGUAUAUCAGGUGUUACAGGUGUGUAUUACAGGUGUUACAGGUGUGUAUUACAGUGUGUAUUACAGGUGGGAAUUACAGGUGUGAAUUACAUAUGUCCAUUACUCCUGCUAUUUGACAGUGUUACUAAAUGUCCUUGUAUUGGUUUUGUAGGAGUUAUCUCCCUUCGAUGGAGAAAAUUUGUCAAUAUUGCACCACUAAUGUGAUUAUAUUUAUUUAUUGGUUUGUUACAUUAAAUUUUCUGUUUUUUUUU